AUGAUCGCAACGGGUGUGACCUUUCGGGAGCCGUCGCCAGAUUCCAAGAUGACGACACGAGGCGCGUUCAAAAUCCCCGACACGUCGGCCGACUACCUCUCGCCGGGCCCGAGCACGUUCGACUCGCUGCACCAUGGCAGCCUCACCUCGGACAUGUCAAUGUUGGACGACAUUGACCCGAGCCUCGCGGGUGGCUACCGCGUCGUGUACGACCGAGAGACGCCGUUCGAGCUGCGUAUUCAGACGGACAAUGCGCCGCAGCAAGUGGGCACGCUCGAGGCCAUCAAAGUCAAGAUUCUGCUCCUCGGCGACGAGAACGACUUGAAAGCGCUCAAGAUCGAGCUCUCGACCGAGUCCGACUUGUUCUUUUACUACACGCACAUUUGCGACCUCGACGGCUUCCAGAUCGUGCAGGAGCAGCAAAAGCUCAUGGUCGACUUUGCCGACUACGCCAACGUGCUCGUGCGUAUGUUGAACAACUGCAUAAAGGAGCCACACAACCACAUUGCCGUGUACCUCAUGCAGUCGGACGGCCGCGCGCGCCUCGACUUUAUCCAAAACAUGGAGUACAAGUUUGUCGAGCUCCUCUCGGUGGACUUUGCCCGCGCGCCCGAAGAAGUGGUGCGCCAGCACAUUACGUUCCGCUACAACACGGUCAAGAGUCGCGUGUCUGCGCUCCAAUCGCGGCUGCACGAAGUCAACAACAUUGUCAAGGUGAAGAAUCCAUCGCUCCUGCUUCAACUGCAAAAGGCACCGCCCCCGGCUGUCCACCCCAGCGGCACCCACGCAACGGCCGGCAGCUCCCGCCUCACGACGGGUCGGUUCCACUAGGUUGCCCGUUCACUCCCGUGUUAUGCUCGGAAUCGAGGAUACCGAUGCGUCGAUGUGCAGCAUAUAAAACGAAAUUCACGAGAGGAUGCACGGA